GAUAUUUUGAAGUAGCGAGAAACAUCUUACCAACUUGGACAACAAGAAAUAAAGUCGGCGUCCCCGAUUUAAAACCCCCAAAUCACCUUCUUCAAUCAAACCCUAAUUUCACGUAACCAUUGCAAUUGCAAGAUCUUUAAUCUACCAUCUCCCCGAAAACUUUCGACGAUAAAACACAAGCUAUAUACUUUCAACCAUUCGAUUCGUUCAAGUUCCGAGAUUCCCGUUUAAGAUCUUAAAUGGCAACUCCGCUCGUUGUAGGACUUGCAGUUGCUGGUGCUGCUUAUGCAGGUCGGUAUAGCAUCCUAGCUUGGAAUGCAUUCAAGGCUAGACCAGCUGCACCCGCCUUUCGCAAAUUUUAUCAAGGCGGUUUUCAACCUCAGAUGACUAGAAGAGAAGCCGCCCUUAUUCUUGGAGUCAGGGAAAGCAGUGCGCUUGAUAAGAUAAAGGAAGCACAUAGAAGGGUGAUGCUUGCAAACCACCCAGACGCUGGCGGCAGUCAUUAUCUCGCUUCCAAAAUCAGCGAGGCGAAAGAGAUGAUGUUGAGGAAGAGUAGCAACACCGGCUCGGCUUUCUAGUUAUCUCCAACAAGGCCAUUUUUAAUCCAGAAAGAAAACAGACAACAUAAAUUUUGGUUAUACCUUGAUUCUAUUAUUGAUCUGUGUACCAUUAUAAGUUUAGUGUUUCUUGAAAUGAUUCAUGGAAUGGGAGUAACUGUGUGUCCAUUUAGGUCUGGAGUUUAUGUUCACUUGUUGCUCAUGUUACACUUCGUGGUAAAUAAAUGAGUUGUUUUGGAUUU